AUGAUUUUACCUAUUUCUAUUAAUCCUAAAGAAGAUAAAGUGUAGCAUGAUUAGGGUAGUAAAUUGUUUAAAAAUGAUAUUUAGGUGAUGAAUUAUCAGAUUUGAAGCUACAUCAAGAAGCAUCUUGGAAUGAAGCAAUUACUAUAUACCCAAGCAAUGUUGAUGCAUAGAUUGGUAAGGGUAAUUUAUUGUUAAAUGUCAACAUUUAGGUAUUGCAUUAGCAGAUUUGAAAUAGUGUUAAGAAGUAAUUUAAUGCUAUGAUGAACCAAUGCUGAUUAGCCCUGAAUAAGUUGAUGUAUGGAAUAGCAAAGGUAAUUUAUUGUUGAAUAUUAUAAUAUCUAGGUGAUGCAUUAUAUAAUUUGAAUCAAUGCUAAGAAGCAAUUGAAUGUUAUAAUUAAGCAAUAGCUAUAAAUCCUAAAUAUGCUCAUGUAUUGUAUAAUAAAGGUAAUUAAUUGUUAAAUAUAAGUAUAUAUAUAGCUAAUGCGUUAACCAAAUUGAAUCAAUAUCAGGAAGCAAUUAAUUGUUACGACAAAGCUAUUUCUAUUAAUCCGAAAUAUGAUCUUGCAUAAAAUGGAAAGGGUAGUUAAUUGUUUAAUAGGAAUAUUUAGGUUAUGCAUUAAAAAAAUUGAAUCAAAAUCAAGAUGCAAUUUCAUGUUUCGAUGCAGCUGUUUCAAUUAACCCUAAAUUUGAUAGUGCAUGGUGUAACAAAGGUAAUUACUAAUUAAAUAUUAAUAUUUAGGUGAUGCAUUAUUUAAUUUGAAUCAAUAUCAAGAAGCAAUUUAAUGUUACAAUGAAGCAAUAUCUAUUAACCCUAAAUAUGAUUAUGCAUGGUGCAACAAAGGUAAUUAAUAAUUAAAUAUUUAUAUUUAGGUAACACAUUACAAAAAUUGAAUCAAUAUCAAGAAGCUAUUGAAUGUUACAAUGAAGCAAUAUCUAUUAACCCUAAAAAUGUCGAUAUAUGGAAUAAUAAGGGUAAUCUAUUAAUAAAUAUUAUAUAUAGGUAACACAUUACAAAAAAUGAAUCAAUAUGAAAAAGCAAUUGAAUGUUACAAUGAAGCAUUAUCUAUCAGCCCUAAAUAUGUUGAUGCACUGAAUUCCAAGGGUAAUUUGGUGUUAAAUAUUAUUAUUUAGGUCUCUCAUUAUUCAAUUUAAAUCUAUACUAAGAAUCAAUUGAAUGUUACAAUGAAGAAAUAUCUAUUAACGCUAAAUAUCUUAAUGCAUAGAAUGGCAAGGGUAAUCUAUCAUUUAUUAUUACUACAUAGGUGAUGCAUUAUCCAAUUUGAAUCAAUUUGAAUAAGCAAUUGAAUGUUACAAUGAAGCUAUAUCUAUUAACCCUAAAGAUGUUGAUACAUGGAAUAACAAGGGUAAUCCACUUAUGAAUAUUAUUAUAUAGGUAACACAUUAAAAAAAUUGAAACAAUAUGAAGAAGCUAUUGAAUGUUACAAUGAAGCAUUAUCUAUUAACCCGAAAUAAGCUUAAGCAUGGAAUUAGAAGGGUAUAAACUAUAUUCAAUUCUAAUAAUUAGGCAUUGCAUUAGAAAAUUUGAAUUAAUUUUAAGAAGCAAUUGAAUGUUACAACGAAGCAAUAGCUAUUAACCCUAAAUCUGAUUAGUUUUGGAAUAAUAAGGGUAACUAAUUGCUAAAUAUUAUUCUAUAGGCAUUGCAUUAAGAAGGUUGCAACAAUAUAAAGAAGCAAUUGAAUGUUAUAAUGAAGCUAUAUCUAUUAACCCUAAAUAUGUUGAUGUAUGGUAUAACAAGGGUAAUUUGGUGUUAAAUAUAAUUAUUUAGGUCUCGCAUUAUAUUAUUUAAAUCAAUACUAAGAAGCUAUUGAAUGUUACAAUGAAGCUAUAUCUAUUAACCCUAAAGAUGUUGAUGCAUGGAAUAACAAGGGUAUUUUGGUGUUAAAUAUUAUUAUUUAGGUGGCGCAUUAUAAAAUUUGAAACAAUAUCAAGAAGCAGUUGAAUGUUUCAAUGAAGCUAUAUCUAUCAACCCGAAAUCUGAUUAUUUAUGGAGUAAUAAGGGUAACUCAUUUAUAAAUAUUAUUUUAAAGGUAAUACAUUAAGAAAGUUGCAACAAAAUAAAGAAGCAAUUGAAUGUUAUAAUGAAGCAAUAUCUAUUAACCAGAAAUAUGCUUAAGCAUGGAGUUAGAAGGGUAACCAAUUGCUAAUAUUAAUUUUAGGUCAUGCAUUAUACAAAUUGAAUCAAUUCUAAGAAGCAAUUGAAUGUUACAAUGAAGCAAUAUCAAUGAAUCCUAAAUCUGAUACUGUUUGGAAUAAUAAGGGUAACUAAUUGCUAAUAUUAAUUUUAGGUCAUGCAUUAUACAAAUUGAAUCAAUACUAAGAAGCAAUUGAAUGUUACAAUGAAGCAAUAUCAAUGAAUCCUAAAUCUGAUACUGUUUGGAAUAAUAAGGGUAACUAAUUGCUAAUAUUAAUUUUAGGUCAUGCAUUAUACAAAUUGAAUCAAUACUAAGAAGCAAUUGAAUGUUACAAUGAAGCAAUAUCAAUGAAUCCUAAAUCUGAUACUGUUUGGAAUAAUAAGGGUAACUAAUUGCUAAUAUUAAUUUUAGGUCAUGCAUUAUACAAAUUGAAUCAAUACUAAGAAGCAAUUGAAUGUUACAAUGAAGCAAUAUCAAUGAAUCCUAAAUCUGAUACUGUUUGGAAUAAUAAGGGUAACUAAUUGCUAAUAUUAAUUUUAGGUCAUGCAUUAUACAAAUUGAAUCAAUACUAAGAAGCAAUUGAAUGUUACAAUGAAGCAAUAUCAAUGAAUCCUAAAUCUGAUACUGUUUGGAAUAAUAAGGGUAACUAAUUGCUAAUAUUAAUUUUAGGUCAUGCAUUAUACAAAUUGAAUCAAUACUAAGAAGCAAUUGAAUGUUACAAUGAAGCAAUAUCAAUGAAUCCUAAAUCUGAUACUGUUUGGAAUAAUAAGGGUAACUAAUUGCUAAUAUUAAUUUUAGGUCAUGCAUUAUACAAAUUGAAUCAAUACUAAGAAGCAAUUGAAUGUUACAAUGAAGCAAUAUCAAUGAAUCCUAAAUCUGAUACUGUUUGGAAUAAUAAGGGUAACUAAUUGCUAAUAUUAAUUUUAGGUCGUGCAUUAUACAAAUUGAAUCAAUACUAAGAAGCAAUUGAAUGUUACAAUGAAGCAAUAUUUAUUAACCCUAAAUGUGAUGAUUUUUGGAAAAAUAAGGGUAAUUAAUUGCUAACAUUAAUUUUAGGUCGUGCAUUAUACAAAUUGAAUCAAUACUAAGAAGCAAUUGAAUGUUACAAUGAAGCAUUAUCUAUUAACCCUAAAAAUGUCGAUAUAUGGAAUAAUAAGGGUAAUCUAUUAAUAUAUAUUAUUAUAUAGGUAACACAUUAGACAAUUUGAAUCAAUUUGAAGAAGCUAUUGAAUGUUACAAUGAAGCAUUAUCUAUUAACCCUAAAUAUGUUUAUGCAUGGUAUAACAAGGGUAAUCUAUUAAUAUAUAUUAUUAUAUAGGUAACACGUUAGACAAAUUGAAUCAAUACUAAGAAGCAAUUGAAUGUUACAAUGAAGCAUUAUCUAUUAACCCUAAAAAUGUUGAUAUAUGGAAUAAUAAGGGUAAUCUAUUAAUAUAUAUUAUUAUAUAGGUAACACAUUAGACAAUUUGAAUCAAUUUGAAGAAGCUAUUGAAUGUUACAAUGAAGCAUUAACUAUUAACCCUAAAUAUCUCAAUGCAUGGAUUGGCAAGGGUAAAUAAUUGUAAAAUUUGAAUAUUUAGGUCUCUCACUAUAUAAUUUGAAUCAAUAUGAAGAAGCAAUUAAAUGUUUCAAUGAAGUAAUAUAUAUUAACCCUAAGGAUGUUGAUGCGUGGAAUACCAAGGGUAAUCUAUCAUAUAUUAUUACUAUAUAGGAUAUGCAUUAUUCAAAUUAAAUCUAUACUAAGAAUCAAUUGAAUGUUAUAAUGAAGCAAUAUCUAUUAACCCUAAAUCUGAUUAUGCUUUUGAAAACAAAGGUAAUGAUAUUUUUUAUUCAGGUUUAAUCCUACAAACAUUAGAAAAACACAUGGAUGCACUCUCAAAUUUUGAACAAGCACUUAAAAUAAAUCCUACCGCUCUUAGAUUAAACCAUAAAGGUAAAUUAAUCUUUAAUUUCUUUUUAGCUGAUUCAUUAAUUGAAUUACGUAGAUAUUCAGAAGCUAAAUACUUUUAUUUAUCUGCUUGGGGACAGCAUGCCUUUAUAGAAUUUGAACUAUCAUAGUUAUGA